AUGCAGUUCAACACCACCAAGCUUAUGCUGCUCUCUAUGUUUGUUACUAGUCUCGUUGCUUCUCCUAUUGCAAACCAGGAACAAGGUAGUGACUUUGUUGAACAUUAUCGUCAAGUCGGUAAAAACGGCGGAACUUUGAUCUACUACGGCCCUGCAAAUAGCACUGAGAUUGGAGACUCCAAUAUAUCCAACACACAAAGUCUCCAGAAACGUGCGAGCUGUGGAACAUCCAGCACCACCCCCACGUGCAGCACAGAUCAUGCAGCACGGAAUGACGUGUGCACUACCCUUGUAAAUGAGCUCUACAAUGACGCCGAUGUCAAGGUCCAGGAAUCGCCACGCCAGAUUUGCUACCUAGGCGACUCAGCUAGUAACGAAUACUGCUGCGUAUCAUGGGACAAGCCAGUCAAAAUUUUGACCAAAGGUGACCUAGCACCUUUCGCUAGCAAAAUCGUAUCCGAUUGUACCUCGAAUGGAAUCUCGGGCAAGACAUCGGGUAUCCAUAUUGUUUCCGCUUACAAGAGGAUUGGCAAUGAUUGUAACUCUGUUUGUGUUUCAAACCGUGGAACGCAUUGCUAA